GGGGACUGAGCGGUGAGUGGUCUGCUUUGCUGGCUGCUCUCUGGCUCUUCCUGCCUAUAUAGGUGGGGACUGAAGAGUCGACUCUGGUGAUCACUACUAAGACCCCGCAGGGAGUGGCUGGAGAGAGGGGUAAAAGUUGGCGGAGCGCAAAGCUGUAGGAGCAGCCCGCUCGGGAUGUUCUGCUAGGUGUGCGCCGAUGACCUCUCUCAGCAGAUGAAGGUCUUGACGAAGUGAUUGACUGGUGGUCUCUGACACUCUGGAAGCCUUCUCGCGACGUGGACAUCGGUCUCUGACAGUCCUCCUACAGUGAGAACAUGGCAGCUACAGGAACUGAAGCAAAGGACCUUGAAAACCAUCACAAUGACUGCUUCAUCCAACUUUCAAAUCCAAACAUAGCAGCAAUGAAGGAAGACGUGCUCUACCAUUUCAACCUCAGCACUAGCACACACGAUUUCCCUGCUAUGUUUGGAGACGUGAAGUUUGUGUGUGUUGGUGGAAGCUCUUCCCGGAUGAACACCUUCAUCAAGUAUGUGGCUGCAGAGCUGGGCCUUGACCAUCCAGGGAAGGAAUAUCCCAACAUCUGUGCAGGCACUGACCGCUACGCCAUGUAUAAAGCCGGGCCCGUGCUGUCUGUGAGCCAUGGCAUGGGCAUUCCUUCCAUCGGCAUCAUGUUGCACGAGCUCAUCAAGAUGCUGUACCAUGCCAGGUGCUCCAACAUCACCAUCAUCCGCAUUGGCACUUCAGGCGGGAUAGGUCUGGAGCCUGGCUCUGUUGUCAUCACGCAGCAGGCAGUGAAUGAGUGCUUCAAGCCGGAGUUUGAGCAGAUUGUCCUGGGAAAACGGGUGAUUCGCAACACCAACCUGGACGCGCAGCUGGUUCAGGAGUUGGUGCAGUGCUCCUCAGACCUGAAUGAGUUCCCCAUGGUUGUGGGCAACACCAUGUGCACCUUGGACUUCUAUGAGGGGCAAGGCCGUCUGGAUGGCGCCCUCUGCUCCUACACAGAGAAAGACAAACAGUCUUAUCUGCGUGCAGCCCAUGCCGCGGGUGUCCGAAAUAUCGAGAUGGAAUCUUCGGUGUUUGCCACCAUGUGCAGUGCCUGUGGCCUGAAAGCGGCUGUGGUGUGUGUCACCCUUCUGGACCGUCUGCAAGGAGACCAGAUCAACACUCCCCACGAUGUGCUUGUGGAAUACCAGCAGAGACCACAGCGGCUAGUGGGCCACUUCAUCAAGAAGAGCCUGGGACGGGCCUGAGCCCUGUGCCUUUCCGCCCCGGAGAAGCCUCUGCAACUCCUGGGCAAUAAAUCUAUUUUUUC